UCGCCGCGCUCUGGUCAGUCCGGUGAGUCACCGUUCGCGCUGGAAUACGGAGAGAAAGAGUGGCGGAUAACGAACGGAAAACGGCAAAAGAGCUGGAGCUGCAAGCAUGGCGGUCGAAGAGGAAGGUCUUCGGGUUUUCCAGAGUGUCAAAAUAAAAAUCGGUGAAGCGAAGAACAUCCCUCCGUAUCCGGGUCCGAAUAAGAUGCGGGACUGUUACUGCACAGUCAACCUGGACCAGGAGGAAGUGUUCCGAACCAAAACCAUAGAGAAGUCCUUAUGUCCGUUCUACGGUGAGGACUUUUAUUGUGAAAUCCCACGCACUUUCCGCCAUCUGUCCUUCUACAUCUUUGACAGAGACGUGUUCAGGAGGGACUCCAGCAUCGGUAAAGUGGCUGUGAAGAAGGAAGACCUGCAGAAAUACCACGGUAAAGACCACUGGUUCCCGCUGCAGCCAGUCUGUGCAGACUCAGAGGUGCAGGGAAAGGUUCACCUGGAGCUGCGUCUCAGUGAGGUCAUCACAGACAGCGGAGUCGUCUGCCACAAGCUGGCAACACGGGUUCUGGAGUGUCAGGAUCUGCCGAUAGUGAACGGCCAGUGUGAUCCGUACGCCGCCGUCUCGUUACUCGGCCUCUCCAGGUCAGAAGCCAAGAAGACGAAGGUCAAACGGAAAAACAACAAUCCUCAGUUUGAUGAGGUCUUCUUUUUUGAGGUGACCAAACCGCUGAGCUACACCAAACGCCAGUUUGACGUGGAAGAGGACGACGUGGACAAGCUCGCGCUCAAGGUGGAUCUGUGGACCGCCAGCAAUCUGAAGUUCGGAGAUGAGUUUCUGGGAGAGGUACGAGUGCCGCUGAGGGUGCUGGGACAGUCGGGUGUUCACGACGCAUGGUACUUCCUGCAGCCCAGAGAUAACAGCAAUAAAUCGGUGAAGGCUGAUGAGCUGGGCUCGUUACGACUCAACAUCGUUUACACAGAGGACCACGUGUUCCCCACGGAGCAUUAUAACCCUCUCCGAGACCUGCUGCUGCAGUCCGCGCACUUCGAGCCUGUCUCGGCGUCCGCGGCUCAUAUCUUGGGCGAGGUGUGUCGUGAGAAGCAGGAGGCGGCCGUCCCGUUGGUGCGACUCUUCUUGCACUACGGUAAAAUCGUGCCUUUCCUCAGCGCCAUCGCCCACGCCGAGAUCAGCCGCACGCAGGAUCCCAACACCAUCUUCCGGGGAAACUCGCUGACGUCCAAAUGCAUCGAUGAGACCAUGAAGCUGGCGGGGAUGCAUUACCUGCGCGUCACGCUCAAACCCAUCAUCGAUGAGAUCUGCACAGACCACAAACCCUGUGAGAUCGACCCGGUCAAGCUGAAGGAGUCCGAGAACUUGGACACCAACAGGGAAAACUUGCGUCAGUACGUGGACCGGAUCUUUAACGUCAUCACCAGCUCGGGUGUGAGCUGCCCGACGGUCAUGUGUGACAUCUUCUUCUCUCUGCGAGAGUCUGCGUCGUCACGCUUCCAGGUUGACCCGGAUGUGCGCUACACAGCUGUUAGCAGCUUCAUCUUCCUCCGUUUCUUUGCUCCUGCCAUCCUCUCUCCGAACCUCUUCCACCUGCGUCCGCAUCACCCGGAUCCGUGCACGUCUCGGACGCUGACGCUCAUUUCCAAAACCAUCCAAACUCUGGGAAGCCUGGCCAAGUCCAAAUCUGCCAAUUUCAAAGAGUCCUACAUGGCCGCGUUCUACGACUACUUCAACGAGCAGAAAUACGCAGAUGCAGUGAAGAACUUCCUGGAUCUGAUCUCGUCCUCGGCCCGCUGGGAUCAGAAGAGCAUCGAGACGCCCAUCAUGCUGAAGGAAGGGUUCAUGAUCAAACGAGCUCAAGGGCGAAACCGCUUCGGUCUGAAGAACUUCAAGAAGAGAUGGUUCCGCCUGACCAACCACGAGUUCACCUACCACAAAACCAAAGGUAACGCAAAAGGAGAGGGCGCUCUGUGCAGCAUCCCUAUUGAGAACAUCCUGGCUGUAGAGAGACUCGAGGAAGAGUCCUUCAAAAUGAAGAACAUGUUCCAGGUCAUCCAGCCAGAGAGGGCGCUCUACAUCCAGGCCAAUAACUGCGUGGAGGCGCGCGACUGGAUCGACAUCCUGACCAAGGUCAGUCAGUGUAACCGCAAGCGUCUGAGCACGUAUCACCCGUCGGCGUUCCUCAACGGACACUGGCUCUGCUGCAAGCUGUCUGCGGACACGGCUCCCGGCUGCACUCCAUGCACAGGGGGACUUCCAGCCAACAUCCAGCUGGAUGUAGACGGAGACCGAGAGACGGAGCGGAUCUACUCGCUCUAUAGCACAUACAUGGCCAAACUAGUCAAGAUGCAGGAGGCGUGUGGCAGUAAGUCGGUGUAUGACGGCCCUGAGCAGGAGGAAUACUCCACGUUUGUGAUCGACGACCCGCAGGAGACGUAUAAAACCCUGAGACUCGUCAUCUCAGCCGUACAGACACUGGAGCAGCAGCACAUGCAGUACAAACGAGACAAGUUCAGGAAAACCAAGUACGGCAGCCAGGAACAUCCAAUCGGUGAUCAGAGCUUCCAGUGCUACAUCCGCCAGCAGUCAGAAAGCUCCACCUACUCCAUCUGACCACGCCCACUGCAGACACCGCGCGGUCUCCGUGGCAACAGUCGCGUCUCAGACAGGAAACUCUGAGUUACGGCUGACAGGAAGGUGGCCACAGACAAAAGCUAAACCUCUGGUGUUUUUAUACGAUUUUAACCAAUCAACAGCCACCGCGCACUUCCGUGGACGAUGUAGCUCCGCCACGCGACACGUUUUAACGUUUGAUGAUGUUUUUAAGCUAGCAGACGAGCAGAUGUCCUCUAGCGGUGGAUGUUUUUAUAAACGGAGUAUUGGACCAAAGGACAGAUCCCACAAUCCUUUGCUUUGACGGGGUUUUGUUGGUGGAUGUGAGACCUGUAAGCGUGUUUUGAACUCGUAUAGAAAUAUUCUGCUCUGUUUCCUCCGUUCACACGCAUCCAGUAUUGAUGUCACGCAGCGCUGCAUUGUGGGAAACGUGUGGUGUGGUGUGUUACAGCAUGCAGACGUCCUCGUCCAAGCCGUUUCCAGCAUGUGGCGUGACGCUGAUGGUUUGUGGGUCCAGUCGAGUUCAGCAUCACACUUGUGUUUUUAUACUUUCUGUUGUGCAUCACGUCCUGUAAAUUCACUGAUAUCCUGCUCUGGUUACAGCGUGUGUGUGUGUGUGUGUGUUUGAAUCUGAAACAAGGGUGCAUGAGUGUGUUUCAUUGAUUAAUUAUGAAUAAUAAUUCCCAGUUCAUCACAUCACACUUUAUAGAGAUAUUUAAUAUGGAUGUGAUUAUUUUGAUGCAUUUCAUGAAACCUGUCAAGAUCAUGUCCUGCUCAAAUUUCACCCUUAAAUCAUAUAUAUAUAUAUAUAUAUAAACCAUAUAAUAUAAAUUAUUUUAUAUAUAAAUUAUAUAUAAUAAUAUACAAAUAAUAAUUGACCCUGGAUGUCAAAACCAGUCAUAAGUGUCAAUUUUUCGAAAUUGAGAUUUCUACAUAAUCUGAAAGCUGAAUAAAUAAUCUUUCCAUUGAUGUAUGGUUUGUUGGACAAUAUUUGGCUGAGAUACAACUAUUUGAAAAUCUGGAAUCUGAGGGUGCAAAAAAAUCUAAAUAUUGAGAAAAUCACCUUUAAAGUUGUUCAAAUGAAGUUCUUAGCAAUGCAUAUUACUAAUCAAUAAUUAAGUUUUGAUAUAUUUACGGUAGGAAAUUUACUAAAUAUCUUCAUGGAACAUGAUCUUUACUUAAUUUCCUAAUGAUUUUUGGCAUAAAAGAGAAAUGGAUAAUUUUGACCCAUACAAUGUAUUUUUGGUUAUUGCUACAAAUAUACCCCAGCGACUUAAGACUGGUUUUGUGGUCCAGGGUCACAUAUAUUAUUAAAAAAAAUAAUUAUAUACUAUAAAAAAUAAAUGUUAUGUAUAUGUAUGUAUUUUACAAGCAUUAAGAUAUUUUCAAGACAAUUAAACACAUUUAACCCCCAAAUUCACAUUAUUUUAAUGCAAAAUAUUUUACUGUAAUUUACGGUAGCCCAUUUCUGCCCCAAAAUUAAUAAGUUAAAAAGGUAAUUGUCUUUUUAUCCCGUGUCUUUUAUAUCUCACACUUCUGCAAUCUGAGGUGGUUGUUUUUUUUUUGUUUGUUUUUUUUGCAAUUCUGACUUUCUCAGAAUUGUGAGAAAAAAGUCACAAUUCCUUUUUUUUUUUUUUUUUUUUAUCCUGUGGCAGAAUCAAGCUUCCAUAGUAAAGUAAGAAGAAAAAGAAAAAUACUGAUGCUUCUUAUUCAAUCAUUUCUGAUUUUCUUAUGAUUUGGGGGUGAAACAUGAGCUGGAGAUUCACACUUGUAUUCUUUUGUUAGUACGGUGUUGUAUUUUUGUUAACACGGUUCUUGUGUUUCUGUCCGUCCCUCUCCGUGAUGCAUGUUUCAGUGCUUAGAUAUUUUAAAACAGCCCAGUUUUCUUGCCCAAAUGAAUUGCUAUUUAUUUUUAUAUCACAGAAUAAUGUUUUUGUGGAAAAAAUUAAUCAAAUCAAAACUCAGAGUAAUCCAAGUGCACAGUAUGAAGUAUGCAAUAAUGUCACCUAUGAGUAAUUCAGUUUUUGAUGUGUAAUUGAUGAAGAUACUUGGAUCACAGAUCCUGAAGAAGGGCCAGCAGCGGUGUGUACAGACCAGCCCACUGAACGAGACACACAUCUUUCUUUUGUCCAAAUGAAGGCAAUAGCAAAGA